UAGCGCGGCGGGACUACAACUCCCAGCAUGCACCGCUCGCGGCCGGGGCGUGUCUCCAAGGCAACGGGGCGGGCGCGCUGCCCCGGGCCGGUCCCCUCAGAACCUCCCGCCGCGCCGGUCCCGGCCAUGCCCGAGGGCCCGGAGCUCUACCUGGCCGGGCGCUACAUCAACGAGGCGUGCAGCGGGUUGGUGUUCUCGGGCGGCGUGGAGCGCUCGGCGGUGGGUCGAGGCCCGGAGGUGCCUUUCUCCAGCCAGGCCUACCGCAUCUCCGCCGCCUCCCGGGGGAAGGAGCUGCGGCUGCGGCUGGCGCCGCUGGGCCCCGGCGGCUCGUCUCAGGACCUGGUGUUCCGUUUCGGGAUGUCGGGCUCGUUCCGGCUGUGCCCCGCCGCCCAGCUGCCCCGCCAUGCCCACCUCCGCUUCCUCACCCGCGGCAGCCCCCCGCAAGCCCUGUGCUUCGUCGACGCCCGCCGCUUCGGGUCGUGGCGGCUGGGGGAUGCCUGGCAGCCCGAGCGCGGGCCCUGCGUCCUCUCCGAGUACCAGGCCUUCAGGGAGAACGUGCUGAAGAACCUGGACGACAAGGCUUUCGACAAGCCCAUCUGCGAGGCCCUCUUAAACCAGAAGUUUUUCAAUGGAAUCGGGAAUUACCUCCGGGCUGAGAUCCUCUACAGGUUGAAGAUUCCCCCCUUUGAAAAGGCUCGGACUGUGCUGGAGGCCCUGAAGGAGCAGGAGCAGGAGAGGAGGAAGAAGAAUCCUUCCCUGACGCUGAGCAAGAAGCUGAAGCGGAUGCGGGAGCACCCGGAUCUCCUGGAGCUGUGCCACACCGUGCCCAUGGAGGUGGUCGCAGUGGAGAAAAACCUCCUGGAGCCAGACCACUCGGAUAACUACGCUGCUUUCCAGAGCUGGCUGCAGUGCUACUUGGUGCCUGGCAUGAGCUCCCUGCGCGACCGCAACGGCAGGACCAUCUGGUUCCAGGGAGAGCCUGGCCCCAUGGCUCCCAAAGGGCAGGCGUCCCGCAAGAAGCACGCUCAGCUGAAGGCAGACCCCGAGGCUCAGACCCCCAAGGUCACCCCCCGUGCUUCAAAACGGCCCCUGAGGGCUGCAGCGAAGCCUGUGAAGCCAGCCAAGGAGGAAGAAGAGCAGGAGGAGGUGGCUGAGGGGCCGAGGAAGGGACGUGCCCGUGGGAGGAGGAGGAAAGCAAGUGCUGCUCCAGCCUCCUCGGAGCCAGAGGCAGCAGGCACAGCCAGAAGGCGCCGAACCAGGGGCAGAGGCGCAGUCCCUGCCGUGUGAGUGCUGCGUGCUGCCCUCCUCCCGAGGGGCUGGGGUCUGCCUGGGGCCCUGGGUCAGUGCUGGGGAGAAAUGGGGCUGAUCUGGGGAGAAACAGGGCUGCUCUGGGCCUUGUGCUCACCCCCCCCCCCCCUCGCUACUGCUGCACCCUGCUAGUGUGGAAAGAGAUUUGGGGUUUGGUGAUGGGGCCAGUUUAUCCAGCAUCCUCCUGCUGUCCCCAGGCUCCUGAGGUGGGGGGGAUAAGGGCCACAGACCACACGUGGUGCUGGAUUCUGACCCCUUCCCUCUGCCUAAAAGUGGAUUCCCUCUUCCUUCCCCCUCUUUCCCUUUCUGGUUGCUGCCUGGAUCACUCUUUUUAGCUGACUAAUAAAGUAUUUUGCGUAGAAAA